ACACGCUCUUCCUCUUCGCUGUUUCCCGCAGAACCCCCGCUUGUUUGGUCCCCUGAUUCUUCGUAGCUCUCCUUGAUGAGCGCCCGACUCUCCAUCCGCGCACCAUGAGGGUCAGGGGAGCUGUGCAGGCGGCAGCGGUGCUGGCGUCGGCGCUCUGGCUGUCGCCCCUCGCCGCCGCAAAGAACGACCGGCCAACAUUUCACACCAAGGCGUUCGAGAACAUCCCCAAGAAUCUUAAUUAUUUCCCCGACUCGGAUGUUGUCUUGUUUCAAGACACCGAGGACAACAAUGUCUACCGCUCCGACGACCACGGCGUGAACUGGGAGCGCGUGGAGGCUGUCCCCGAGGGCCGGGCCUGGCUUCUGUACAUGCACCAGUUCGAUUCGAACCGCGCAUAUAUCCUGACCGAGGGCGAUACCCACUUUCGCACCAGCGACCGCGGCAAGACGUGGGAGAAGUUCGAUUCUGGUGCCGAGAUGAGCAUGUUCCGAGGCGACAUUCUCCAGUUCCACGCCGCCGACCCCGACCGCAUCAUCUUCAACGGCAUGGCGUGCCAGGGCAUCUUCUGCCAGGAAGUGGCUAUGUACACCACCGACGGCUUCAAAACCCCCGCCAAGGAGCUGCGCAGGAAUACCGACGGCUGCUGGUGGGCCAAGUCCUCGGACCUGUUCUCGACGGGCUCUGAAGACCUGGACAAGAAUCGCAUCCUGUGCAUUGUGCGGGACGCCUUCUCGCCGUUCAAGCAGGACCAGCGCCUGCUGAUCUCGGACAACUUCUUCCAGCCGACCGACGAGAGUCGAGACAUUCAGGAGUUCGAGCCGGAUCUGGACGUCAACAAGCCGGUGCAAGGCGUCGUGAAUGUUGCCGUGGUGAAGAAGUACUUGCUGGCGGCGACCACAUCUCUGAACACCGACGAGAUGGCCCUGUUCGUCACGGACGACACCAAGAAGUGGCACCGUGCCAUCUUCCCGGCGCCUCAUGACAGCCACGACCACCGCGUCAUGCAGGAAGCUUACACGGUGCUCGAGAGUACCAACUACAGCAUCCAGAUCGACGUCAUGGUCACCCGGCCGUCGAACCCGAUGGGCGUCCUGUUCACGAGCAACUCCAACGGCACCUACUUCACCGAGAAUAUCGAGCACACCAACCGCAACCACCGGGGCCAUGUGGACUUUGAGAAGAUCGCCGGCAUUCAGGGCAUCUUCCUGGUGAACAAGGUUGACAACUGGGAGGAAGUCUCCAAGGAGGCGAGCACCAAGAAGAGGCUGGUGACGGAGAUCACGUUUGACGAUGGCCGUACCUUCGAGUCCGUGACGGCCGACGGUAAGCGGAUACACCUCCACUCGGUCACCGAGCUGAGCAACGUGGGACGUGUCUUCUCGAGCCCCGCCCCCGGCCUCGUCAUGGCCAUCGGCAACACGGGCGACUACCUCAAAGACUACUGGGAGGACGGUAAUCUCUACGUCUCGGACGAUGCGGGCAAGACCUGGAGCAAGGCCCUGGACGGCCCGCACAAGUACGAGUUUGGAGACCAGGGGUCGAUCCUCGUAGCCGUGCGCGAUUCUAAGGAGGCCGAUGUCGGCGAGAUCAACUACUCGCUCGACCACGGCGUCACCUGGAAGAAGGAGUCCUUGCCUGACGGGCUCAAGUUGAGGCCCUACAUCCUCACGACAACGCAGGAAUCAGCCAGCCUCAAGUUCCUCCUGAUCGGCGAGACGGAGAAGUCUCCCCGGUGGCAAGUUAUCUCGAUCGACUUUGACGGCCUUCACGAGGCAACAUGCACCGACGACGAUAUGGAAGACUGGUCCGCCCGCGUGGACAAGGACGGGAAGCCGACAUGCCUGAUGGGGCACACCCAGACCUUCCGUCGCCGCAAGAAGAAGGCCGAGUGCUUCCUAAAGCAGGAGUUCAAGCAUGCCGUGGCAAAGACGGAGGAUUGCCCCUGCACCGACGAUGACUAUGAAUGUGAUUUCAACUUCGAGAGGGAGGACGGCCGGUGCGUCGCCAAGGGACCCAUCGUUCCGCCGGAGGGGGCGUGCCGUGACGGCAAGCCGGACGAAACCUUCAAAGGCACGUCCGGAUAUCGCAAGAUCCCCGGAAACACCUGCAAACCGUCCAAGGAAAUGGACGAGAAGUACAAGGAUGUCGACCGGAAGUGCUCCGAGAUUGGAGGCAAGCUGCCGGGACCGGCAACGGAUAAGGUGAACCAGACGCCGAAUUCGUUCAAGAAGCAGUGGGAUGCCUGGGAGAAACAUUAUCUUGAGCGAGGAGACUCCAGCUCCACCGACGAUGAGACUAUCAUCAUGCGGGGGAGAAAAGGGGACAAGUACGGGGAUAUCUAUAUCACCCACGACCAUGGCAAGACAUGGCACUCUCCAAAGGAGCUCGAGGACGAGAAGAUCUGGCUCAUCAUCCCCCACCACCACUUCAAGGAUAUGGUCUUCUUCGUCACGAAUGGGAAGAAGGUUAUCUACACCACCGACCGCGGCAGGUCUUUCCAUAGCUUCAAAGCACCCCACGAGCCUCAUCCAGACGUGUUCCCCUUGGCCUUUCACCCGGACAAGAAGGACUGGCUGAUCUGGAUGGGGAAGAAGUGCGAGUACGGCGACUGCUACGAGGUCGCCUCGUACACCAAAGACCGUGGCGACCACUGGGAGACUCCCAGCCGGUACGUCCGGCGGUGCGAAUUCACCGGAUCAAAGGCCUACAAGUACCCGGACCGCAAGGGGGAGCAGAUCCUCUGCCUAAAGCACGAGAGAGAGGAUAAGGACAAGAAUAACCCGCUGGUGCUGGUUUCGACCAACGAUUGGUUCGCGAACGAGGAAAUCCGCCAGAGGAAUGUGAAGGAGUUUGCCACUAUGGCCGAGUUCAUCGUGGUCGCCACCGAGGACACUGCCAAGAAGACCCUGCAAGUCAGCGCAAGUCUCGAUGGCACAGUCUUCGCCGACGCCCGCUUUCCUUACGGCUUCGAGGUCCCCCACCAGCACGCCUACACUGUGCUGGACAGCUCGACGCACGCCGUGAACCUGUUUGUGGCUACCGAGGUGGCCGAGGGCCGCACCUAUGGCACCAUCCUCAAGAGCAACUCCAACGGGACCUCGUACGUGGUCAGCGCGAAAAACGUUAACUGCGACGAGGACUUUUACGUCGACUUCGAGAAGAUGCUCGGCCUGGAGGGCGUGGCGCUGGUGAAUGUGGUUGCCAACCCCGACGAGAAAGGCAGCGCCCCCAAGAAGCUGCGGACUAUGAUCACGCACAACGACGGCGCUCAGUGGGCGUACUUGCCCACGCCUCGCGACGACGAGUUUGGCAAGUUUCCCUGCCAGUCGGACGGGAACGAGAAGUGUGCUCUGCACAUCCACGGCUACACGGAGCGCAGAGACCAUGGCAAGACCUACUCGUCAAAGGGAGCCGUCGGCCUGAUGUUCGUAUGGGGCAAUGUGGGCGAUUCGCUCGGCCCGCGCAAGGAUGCCGAUACAUUUAUGACUACCGAUGCCGGCAUCACGUGGAAGCGCGUCAGGCAAGGACAGUGGACCUGGGCUAUCGGCGAUCAGGGCGCCGUGAUCGUGCUAGUCCAGACCACGGCAGGUGGCACGAAGAAGACCAAGACGCUCCUCUACUCGCUUGACCAAGGUCAGACCUGGCAGGAGCAUGAGUUCUGGCCCGAGGAGGUCGAAGUCUGGGACGUGACGACGCUGCGGUCCGGCAGCUCGCGGGACUUCCUGCUCUGGGGCAAGGACGGCGAGGGCACCUUCACCCUGAACCUGGACUUCUCCGGCUUCAGCGAGCGCAUGUGCAAGUACGACGACGACCCGGAGAAGUCUGACUACUACAUCUGGUCGCCCAAGCACCCCCUGCAACCGGACGGCUGCCUAUUCGGCCAUGUCUCGCAGUACCUGCGCAAGAAGUCGGACCGCAAAUGCUAUAACGAUUUCAAGCUGCAGCCUCUCUACGGCAAGCAGAACUGCACCUGCACACGAGAGGACUUUGAAUGCGACUACAACUACGAACUGGACCGCUUCGGCCAGUGCUCUCUCGUCAGCGGCCUGCAGCCCAAGGAUCCGCAGACCUGGUGCAAAGAGCACCCGGACGCCAUUGAGUACCACGAGCCGACGGGCUACCGGCGCAUCCCGCUCACCACCUGCGUCGGCGGCCGCGCCUUCGACCAGGAGUCGCCCUCGCACCCGUGCGCCGGCCACGAAGACGAGUUCGAGCGCGCCCACGCCGCCUCGCCCGUGGCCAUCUUCUUCGCCGUCACCAUCCCGUUCGCGCUGGCCGGCGCGGCCGGCUGGUACGUCUGGCGGAACUGGAACGGCAAGCUCGGCCAGAUCCGCCUCGGCGACCAGGGCACCUCCGUCUUCGAGGCGGACCGACCGUGGGUGAAGUACCCCGUCAUCGCGCUCAGCGCGGUUGUCGCGCUGGUCGGGGCGCUCCCGCUCGUCGCGGCUGCCGCGUGGAGGAGCGUCCGGGGCCUGGCGGAGAGGUGGGGCCUCGCGCCCGGCGGCGGGCGGGGCAGAUGGAGCAGGCUCGGCGGUGGGACCCGGCGGUUUACCACCAGAGACAGCUUUGCGAGGGGCAGCGGGGAUUAUACCAUUGUGGACGACGACGAGGGCGAGUUGCUUGGAGAGGAUAGCGACGAGGAGGUAUAGACAGACAGGCGGGUGGGUCGCGACACCGAGGCUUUUUUCUCCUGAGAUGUAGGCUUGGAAUCGAUUUUGGACACGCAUAGAUGAAUGGGAUGGGAUGGGAUGGAUGGAUGCAAUGGAAGAUGGUUGCGGGACGUUGCAGGGCUUUUGCAUGGGCUGGGUAUAGGGCAUAGUCACCGCCCGAAAAGAAGGGCACAGCAGACCGUGUUGAUUUUUUUUUUCGUGUUCACUAGUCAUUUACUGGUGUUCGGUUUGGUUGGCUUCAACUCUUCCCGUCUUUGCUGUGCAUCAGACAGAGGUAUCCAUGGACGACGACGGGCUUGCCGUGCCCGAGAACCGCGGUCCACGAUCUACCAGCACCUGUCGUUACCACAACUGACUCGUGAUUUUUGUUUUGGAACGUGUCUCCACCUGUGCUUCUCAUCUCAUCACGCCGUUAACACCCGACACCAUGACUACCGAGGAAGUUACCUGUCACCAGCACACCAAAACAAGCAGCCGCUAACUGGGACUCUGGAGCUCUGGAGGUUUCGAUGCGGGGGAACCUCGAUCGACAGCACAGCUCAUUACCCAAUGCGUCGACCAUCAUUUCCCUCUCCUCAUUGCACUAGGCAUUUUCAGUUUAGCAAACAAUGCUCGCC